CAUGCUAAUUAACGCUACCGAGUCAGUCAGGGGGCGGAAUUUCGUCGCUUUUGCAUAGGGGUGUGGUGCCGUAUGUCGGGCGUCGCCGGUCACCUGAUGCCAACAGUCUCGCUCGUGACGCCCAGGUGUAUCUCACGUUUCUUAAAUGGCCAAGUAACAGCCUCGCCCGUGACUCCCAGGUGUUACUCACGUACCUUGCUGGGACAGGAUGUAUUAGAAUGACGUCAUCACCCUCCGCAAGAAUGUUUAUGCUGCGGGCCCUGGAAAAGAUCUACGCGGAAAAGGAGAUUCGGAGGUCACACCACUCACAGCUGAAGAGGGCAGUCGAGCAGGCCUUAGAUGAAAUCCGCGCUGAACUCCAGGAGGAUGAGAAAGUUCCUAGUGGUGGGGUGUCGGCUGCCCUGCCAGUGCCCAAGGGUGAUGCUCAGCACACGGAUGUUGAGGGUCACUUCCUGCCCUUCGAACUUGCCUGCCGCUCCAAGUCGGCAAGAAUUGUGGUUACGGCGCUUGACUGUAUCCAGAAACUUAUUGCAUAUGGUCACCUCACGGGGAACUCGGCUGACGUCAACAACCCAAACCGCCGCCUCAUUGACCACAUAGUUGAGACCAUCUGCAACUGUUUCAAUGGGCCUUCCACGGACAAGGAUGUGGAGAUUCAGAUCAUCAAGGCGCUGCUGACGGUCAUCACGUCACAGUAUGUUAGUGUACACGAGGGCACCGUGCUGCUGGCCGUCCGCACCUGCUACAACAUCUUCCUUGCCUCGCGGGACAUGAACAACCAGGUCACUGCCAAGGCCGCCCUCACACAGAUGAUCAACAUUAUAUUCACCCGGAUGGAGAACCACACUCUUGAGGAUGGGGGUGAGCGUGAGCACAGCAACAGCACCGCCUCCUCCAGCAGCGCCGCCACUGCCACCUCCAACAACAGCAGCACCAACAGCAAUGGCAACAUAAAUAGCAGCAACAGUACUAUUGAGAACACCAACAACAUAAACAAUAGCAGCAGCACUCAGCCAGUGCCCCAGGAGAAUGGGCCUCAGGAGCCUCAGGUGCAGGAGACUUCACCACCUUGGCAGCACCCAGGCUCCCUCCCCAACAGCCUGCCAGCCGACACUACCACCACCACCACCCCAUCCAUUAAUGCUGGCACCAUUGAGGAGGAGGAGGAGGAGGAACUAAAAAAAUCAGAUGCUGCAGGAAGAGUAGAGGAGCCACCCCUGGUACCCAAUGGCUCAGCAGUGAUAAUGGAGCAGGCGCCCACCACCCCCGACUCCCAUCAAAUUGCAACUGAGCUUGUGGCGGACAUAGUGAACCAGGCAGUGACGGUGGUGACUAAUGAGGACACCAUAGCCACUCCUGUCACUUCCAGUGACAAGGCUGCCACCAAUGGUAGUGUUGAGGACUCCACAGAUGUCAUACAGUCAUUGGCCAAUACCGCCGUGUCUGAACCUUCUCAGGACAGCACUGUUACUGCUCCACAUCCUGCGGAUACUCCUAACCAGGAAGACUCCCCCCCUCUCCCUUCCUCUGACCACCGCAGUGAUUCUGUAGCCUCUAACCCCCCCCAGACGCCCACCUCCAUCACCAGAGUACCCUCGCAAGAGAGCAUAAACAUAAUGACUGAAGGGGAUGCCGCCAUGACAGCCAAGUUGUCUCACACACUUCAGAAAGAUGCCUUUCUUGUUUUCCGUUCAUUGUGCAAACUUUCCAUGAAGCCCAUGCCAGACUCACCAGACCCCAAGUCUCAUGAAUUGCGGUCCAAGAUCCUCUCUCUGGAGAUGUUGCUUUCCAUAGUGCAGAAUGCUGGCCAGGUGUUCCGCUCCAAUGACACCUUCAUCACUGCCAUCAAGCAGUACCUCUGUGUCGCCCUCAGCAAGAAUGGCGUCUCUCCCAUCCCCGAAGUGUUUCACCUGUCGCUCGCCAUCUUUGUUGCAUUACUGUCAAAUUUCAAGGCUCACCUCAAGGUCCAGAUUGAGGUUUGUUUCAAGGAGAUAUUCUUGAACAUCUUGGAGGCUGGCAGCUCCAGUUUGCAGCACAAGUGGAUGGUGAUCCAGGCACUAACCAAGAUAUGUGCUGAUGCCCAGUCUGUGGUUGACAUUUAUGUUAAUUAUGACUGUGACCUCAAUGCUUCAAAUGUUUUUGAAAGGCUGGUAAAUGACCUGAGCAAGAUAGCGCGAGGGGGCCAACCUGGGGAGUUUGGGGCGACGGCAGGACAGGAGCAGCCCAUGAAGACCAAGGGGCUGGAGUGUCUGGUGUCCAUCCUGAGGUGCAUGGUGGAGUGGUCCAAAGACCUCUACGUCAGCCCCAACACACUCUCCAACCUCAAUCAAGAGAAAAAGAAAGAAGCAGAUGAGCCUGAAGUUCAUAGUUCAGCCGAUGAAAACAAGACAUUGUCGCUGGCCCGACAUGGCUCACAAAACUCCAUAAACUCCUUGUCCAAUCCACCGCCUGUUGGGGUGGAUAAGCCUGAACAGUUCAUGUCUCUCAAGCAUCGCAAGGAGCUACUGGAGGAAGGCAUCAAAAUUUUCAGCGAGAAGCCUCAGCGAGGUUUGACCUUCUUGCAGUCUGAGGGGCUUCUGGGACCCACUCCUCUUGACGUGGCCAAAUUCUUUCAUGAUGAUGAUAGAUUAGAUAAAAAUAAGAUUGGUGAAUACCUCGGGGAUCCAGGCAACAAGGAGUGUAUGUGUGCGUACAUUGAUGAAAUGGAUUUUGGUAAUCAAGAAUUGCUUCCUGCCUUAAGAAUGUUUUUAGAAGGUUUCCGGUUACCAGGAGAAGCACAGAAAAUUGAUCGCCUUAUGGAAAAAUUUGCCUCAAGAUACUUUGAGUGUAACAUGAACCAAGGCUUAUUCACCACUGCUGAUGCGGCUUACUUGUUGGCGUACUCCAUCAUCAUGCUCACCACAGACCUUCACAGUGUUCAUGUUAAAAAAAAGAUAACCAAGGAGCAGUACAUCAAAAUGAACCGUGGGAUCAAUGACACCAAAGACCUUCCCGAGGAGUAUCUCUCUGCAAUCUAUGAUGAAAUUGCAGGCAAAGAACUCAAGAUGAAGACCACCUCUACAAAACUAGGAAAGCAAGCAGUUAUCAGUGAAAAGAAGCGCAGGUCUACCUUCAACAUGGAAAUGGAAACCAUCUCACUAACAGCAAAGUCCUUGAUGGAGGCAGCAUCCCAGACGAGUGCCCCAUUCACCCUCGCCACCCACGUGGAGCAUGUUUGCCCCAUGUUUAAGAAAACAUGGCCGUCCUUCAUUGCAGCAUUCUCAGAGACUCUGCAGAAGACUGAAGACAAUGUGGAGGCCUCCCUGUGUCUUGAUGGCAUUCGCUGUGCCAUCAGGAUCACCUGUAUAUUUGACAUGACUAUAGCAAGAGAUGCCUUUGUGCAGUGCCUCGCCCGCUUCACCCUCCUCAACGCCACCACGCCCAUCUCGGAGCUCAAGGCCAAGAAUGUCGACUGCAUCAAAACGCUCAUCACUGUUGCUCAUACUGAUGGAAACUAUCUUGGGAAGUCAUGGCUCGAUAUUCUCAAAUGCAUCAGUCAGCUGGAACUGGCCCAGCUGAUUGGGACAGGAGUCAAAUCACAGUACAUCAAAGACUCUGGCCUUAAGAUACCUCACGAACCAUCUAACUUCCUGGAUGCCUUCCCAGAAAUAUUCACUGGUGAGCAGAAGAAGCUUGCCCACAUCAAGGAGAGUAUGGGAGAAACAUCCUCGCAGAGUGUGGUGGUCGCGGUGGACAGGAUCUUCAACUGUUCCCCGAUGCUGGAUGGGCAUGCUGUGAUUCACUUUGUGGUGGCACUGUGUCAGGUGUCCCUGGAGGAGCUGUCUGCAACCACCCCUCGCAUGUUCUCCCUCCAGAAGGUUGUGGAGAUCUGUUACUACAACAUGGGCAGGAUCAGGCUGGAGUGGUCCAGGAUGUGGGAGGUGUUGGGUGAAUACUUCAACAAAGUGGGCUGCAACCCCAACAAGGACACAGCAGUGUUUGCGGUGGACUCCCUCCGACAGUUGUCCACCAAGUUCAUAGAGAAGGGAGAAUUCUCAAAUUUCCGCUUCCAGAAGGAAUUUUUACGUCCAUUUGAACACAUCUUGAAAAAGAAUAGGUCGCCUGUGAUAAAGGACAUGGUGGUGCGCUGCAUCACCCAGAUCGUCACCUCGCAGGCUAAGAAUAUUAAGUCGGGAUGGAAAAAUAUCUUCAGUGUCUUCCAUCUUUCCGCAUCAGACAAUGACCAAAAUAUCGUUGAGAUGGCCUUUGAAACCACUAAAGAAAUUAUCUGCCAAAUAUACAAGAAACACUUCGUCACUGUUAUUGAUUCAUUCCAAGACUCUGUCAAGUGCCUGAGUGAGUUUGCUUGCAAUGCUGGCUUUCCCGACACCAGCAUGGAGGCAAUAUCACUUAUACGAGACUGUGCUAAGUAUGUGGAUGAGAAACCACAGAUGUUCCGAGAGCAUAACCUGGAGGAUGUGACAGUGUGUGCUGAUGACCGGGUGUGGGUGAGAGGCUGGUUCCCCAUUCUCUUUGAGCUCUCUUGCAUCAUCACCCGGUGCAAGCUGGAUGUGCGCACUCGAGCCCUCACUGUGCUCUUUGAGGUGGUGAAGAACUAUGGUGGUUCCUACUCCCCUCACUGGUGGAAGGAUCUCUUCAAAAUUCUGUUCAGGAUAUUUGAUAACAUGAAGCUUCCAGAACAGCAGACGGAGAGUGCAGUGGAGUUAAACGAGAGGCAGGCUGAGAAGAACGAGUGGAUGACAACAACUUGCAACCACGCUCUGUACGCCAUUGUGGACGUGUUCACUCAGUAUUUUGACGUGCUGAGUCCCAUCCUCCUGCAGGACCUGUACACGCAGCUCCACUGGUGUGUGCAGCAAGAUAAUGAACAGUUGGCUCGGUCGGGUACAAACUGCCUUGAGAACCUUGUGAUCAGCAAUGGCCCCAAGCUGGAUGCCCAGACCUGGGACAAGACCUGCCAGUGCCUCCUGGACAUCUUCAACUCCACGCUGCCCCAUGCCCUCCUCAGCUGGCGACCUACAGAACCUGCCUCUGCACACACAGUUAGCGGAGGAGCCUUCUCGGGGCUGUUGAUCCGGUGCGUGGUGCAGCUGGAGCUCAUCCAGUGCAUCGACAACAUUGUCUUCUUCCCGGCCACCAGCAAGAAGGAGGACCAGGAAAACUUAGCUCUAGCCCAGGCCGGGGACGCCAUGGAUGUGGUGACGAGGGAGCAGCGUGAGGAUCAGGGGAUGUACCGCCACCUCACCGCCGAGCACCUCUUCACACUCCUUGACUGCCUCAUGGCCUCACACAGCUUUGCCAAAACGUUCAACUCUAAUCACGAACAAAGAAAUCUCUUAUGGAAAGCAGGCUUUAAGGGGAGUGUAAAGCCAAACUUGCUGAAGCAGGAGACUCAGUCGCUUGCCUGUGCACUGAGAAUCCUCUUCCGAAUGUUGGCUGAUCCGUCCAGAGAAGCAGAAUGGCCGCAGGUUCAAGAACGGCUGAUCUCAGUGUGUCGGUCAGGCUUGGAGUACUUCCUUUCACUACCUGAGACCCACCGGGAGGCCUGGACCAACCUCAUCCUCCUUUUCCUCACCAAUAUUCACAAGAUGUCCAAUGACCAGUUUGCUGCCCAUGCCUCAAACUAUUACCCAUUCUUGUGUGAAAUCACUUGCUUCAAUCUCAAGCCUGAAUUGAGGGCUGUGCUGAGAAGGUUUUUCCUGCGCAUUGGUAUAGUAUUUAACAUCACCCACCCAAGUGUGCGUCACCACACCACCUCCACGUCAUCCCUCAACUCCAAAUCGCAGUCCCGAGAAAGGUUGCCCAGUGAAUCGUAGGUAAGGAAGAAGCUGCCCUCCUCUUCCUCAUGGGGAUGUCUGUGAAUUAAGUUACUGAGAGAAAAGAACAAAGUGGAAACCUUUAGGGUUUGUGAUACUGGAAACUCCAGAAUUCCCUGGAGUGGAAAUGUAGAUCAUAUAGUAUAUAAAAGUUUUAUAUAAAAAGUACUGGUAUGUGAUUUAAACAUAUAUUUUGGGAGAUGGCAUGCAUAAUUACAGCCUUGGGAUAUAAUUCAUUGUUAUGCAACUCACUUCCAUUAUGUCUGAAUAUAUAUCCUCAUAAAUAAAGUUAAAAGAGAUUGCUGUAUUCAUAUGCAAGUUAUACAACAUAUAAAGGUAUUGUAUUUAUGAACCAAAAUAGUUACUGUUGAAAUUGAAACAUUGUUUUUGUUUUGUUUUGUUUUGAGCAUAUCAACUGUAAGUAUUUUAAGGUUUUGAUCUUUUUUUUAUUUUAUUGAGGUGUAAAAAGUUUAAAGACAGUAUCUGUUUAAGUAUUUUUGUAUUCAAAGUUUUAAAAGUUUAUGGCCUUGCUUUCCUCUCUGUACUUGAUAGGUGAUUACUAUUCUGGUGCUCUUCUGUCUCCUGUCACAGCUGGAUGUUCAGUCGAAAGUAAUUUAUUUGGAAUGGCUCCUGUUCCAUUAUGCAUUAAUAGUUCACACCGUCCUGAGUGUGAGGGUUAUCCUUCUGCAUUAGUGUUCCAUUUACUUUGAGCUUAGUUUGAGAUUUUAAUAUUCCUUAAUAGUACUGUUCAUUGCUAGGGGCCUAUGGAAUCAAAAGGUGGCAAGUUGAAGGAAAUUUUAAUAUCUAGAAUUUCCUGCCCAGUAAGCAAAGUAAAAAUAAAAGAAUAUGGCUGUCCCAAACCACCAGCAUGCCAUGCUUUAGGAGUGUUUGGCGUGUUUGUGUAUAUAGCAACACAGCUGGUUGAGUUGACAAGAAUGACAGAGAAAAUGGGUUUGGUAAAUCAAGGUAAUUUGUGAGAUAAAAUGUGUAUCACUUGCUGAUAGAUCAAAAUCUUAUAUUUUGAAGUAACACAGCAAAAGCUUUAAUUCAGUCACACUUCAUUCUUGUUUUUUUGUUCAUUUUAUUUCUAGGUUUCCAUGAAAAAGAAACAUUUGCAGUAAAGAAAAACAUGAAUUUCCAUUGUGGAUUUUGUUUUUGUUUAAUUGUGAAAUGGUGGCUAGAUGAGUUUUUUGUAAUGUUUAGUUGUGAAAUGAUGACCAGAUGAUUCUUCUUGGUGUUCCUUUAAGAGGAAUGUAAAUGUAUGACAGUGCAGCAUCUCUCUUUCAUAAAUGUGUUCUCUGGACAAUAUCACACUCAGCAUCACAAUUACCUGACAGAUAUCACAGCAGAGUAUCUUGCUGCCAAAAUGUCAAAAAGUUUGUUUGCUAAUUUGCUGACUUUCUUAGUAAUGUUUCAUAAUGCUGUACUAAAUCAUUCAGAAGUAGGAGUGGCUAAACAGGAAUGGGUUGUGAUAACUAUCCACGGUCACAUUUUACCUCAUUCUUUUUUCACACCCGGUAAAAGAAUAAUGUUAAAAGUUUUUGUAUGAAGAAAUGCAUUUUGAUUAGUGUUAGCAAAUUUAUAAUGUAACAUGUCUACACUUGGAGUCUGUAUUAAGUUCUUUAUAGAGGAAAUCCUUGUUGACUCUUAAGAUGUAAGUACUGUACAUACCAAAAUAUAACGGAGGUACUGGACUUCAUAUCUGAUGUCCAAAAAUUAGUCUAUUUAAAAAAUGCUUUUUAAAAUUGUCAAAUCAUAAUCAGUCUGCAGAUUUUUUUAGUUUUAGCAAUGAAUCAAUAAAAUUCUGCUCUGGUGCAUGGAGCUGGAAGGCUUCAUGGCACAGUACCCAGCUGGAGGAGGGAGAGUUCCCACCUGGCACACAACAGUUUCCUGGUAAGAGAAGCCAAGCUAUUCUGUGUGGUCUUUGUUGCCUAGGGCUUCAUAUUAUUGUUUUUAUGUUCAUUUAUUUUUCCCACAGAUUUGUCAUAUAUAAAGUAAAAUGAGUAUGGUUUCUUCCUUCUUCCCAAUGACUUGCUACACUUUUUUCACGUCAUUUUGAAAAUCAAGGAAGGCCUUACAAAAGUCCUAUAGAAUUUAGGGCACCUCUCUGCCAGUGCUUUUUUUGCUCAUUUUUCCUGCUUUUCUUGAGUUUGCUGGUUUUAAAGAAAUCAUCUCUAUUCUAGUUGUAACUUGAUAAAUUCAUGUUCUUCAUUAUCAGCAUUGCUGUGUCUGCAAAACAUGGAGCAAAAAUUAAUUAAACAAUGUAUUGUAAAGAUAUCUAUCACCUGUCCAUAUUUGCCAAAAUUUUACUUUCAAGUUAGUUGCCGUCAUUCAGUCAGUUUUAUGGCACUUUAUCGGAAAGGGAAUGAACCACUGCUAUGGAUGCAGGAAACCAAGUACUUAUGGUCUAGGUUGGACCACCUCCCCAUCACUUUUGGUACCCUCUGGGAGCACUCAUGGUCUUCCCUCAAACACAGAUGGGUCAGUUUUCCAUAUGGCCUCUCUUAAGUCAUUCAUUCAGUCAGUGUUGAUCAUUUAUUCGCCUUCAUUAUCACUUGCCUUGCCACUCCUAAACUCUUCCUCCAUCUGUAUUUCCUCUUGCCAACAACUUGAACUCUCAAAAGGAGAGUCUCAAGACACCUCUCCUCCCUAAACUGACCUCUCUCCUGGCCACUCGUUCUUUACUCUUUGCUGGAGCAGUGAAUAGUGGGCUUUUUUGUUUUUGUGUAUUUGCUAUUGCCCUUGAGCUGCUUUGUUGUAAAAAAAAAAAAAAAGAAUGAGGAGAUGGAAAGAGACAAGCAGACUAUUUUGGAAUCCAUUAUGUUGCAUAUGAUUUUAUUUCACUUACAAAUCUAUAUUUGUCUGCAGGAAAAUGAUUGUUUUAUCAGUAUCCUUACAUACAAUGUCUGAAAGCUAGGAGUUUGUGAGAGUUGAAGUGGUGGCCCAAGCAAUGAAAUAGCGACAAUUUACUUGAGGACAUUGGGAAAGGCCUUUGUCCUGUAAUGAACUGAUAAUGGAUGAUAGUGAUGAAGUAACUGGAAUCCUAAAAUUGUCACACAAUUGUUAUUUUUUUAUUUAUUUAUUUAUUAUUUUUUUUUUUCCAGCAGAAAUAUCACUAACUGCUGUCAUGAAAAAAUUAUAAAAAUACAAGACACUAUCUUGUUGAUUAUAAAAACGUAUUCACACUAUUUUCCAAGAAUAUGAAAGAUUCAGAAGAAAAACCAUAACACACUCCAGCUCAGUACAUCCAAUGGGGGCCGGGCAGCUCUGUGGUAAAGUGUUCAGCUCGUGGCUUAAGUUAGCCUUCCAGCCACAACAGCUUUUUUGUUUUGGGGUCACUGCUUUCAACUAACCUAAACGAUGUUACACAUUUUAGAUUGCCUAGCUUUGGGAAUUACUAUUUCCAGUAUAUCUUAGAUACUAACUCUCUGGAACAGCAAUCCAGUACCUUCAUACAUACUAUGUGGUACUACGAAGGCUUAGGAAGUGUGGACAUGCAAGGAAUUCCAUUUUUUAGGAUGGUCCUUAUUGAAUUCAAGAUGUGCAAUAUAUUACUUGAUUUUUUUUUUUACUUGUCAAGUUUUAAGUGGUCUGCUAACAUGAACUUUCUUUCUGAAUUAAUUUUCAAAUGAACUUUCUUUAGAUCUGAAUACUGCAACAUUCUGUGAUUCAGUAAACUACCAUGUGUGUGUGUAUUACAGAAUAUUCAGUUGCAUUUGAAAUAUUUAUAUCUCAUAAUUUGUGAAUAGUAAAACUUUUGCAUAGUGUGUAUCAUUACUUUUUUUUUAAUUAUACCCCAUUCAGUAUUGAGCUUUUCAGCCAUACGCUUUGAUACACCAACAUUUUUAUCAUGAGGUUUUGGUUUCCGUGACUCAAAUGUAUGUAGCUAGUUUACCUGUGAUUGCAAGCAUCACACAUAAGGCAACAUUUGGCUAACUACAAAUGAUUUCUGUGUCAGUGUCCAAGCAAGUUUUGUCAUGGUUCUGUACUGGUCCUCAUUUUGGGGUUCACACAAACAACACAGGAUCUGAACUUGUGGGUGUUUGGAAUGGGCCCCAAAUGAUUAUUAUCUUUGUUGUUUUUCUUAGACUUUCUUUGUGAUUACAGUAUUGUAUAUUUCUUGUUUUCUGUCUGCUUGAUGUGCAUGAAUUGAAUGGUGGGUAAGAGAACCAUUGCUACACCCUUAAACUGGUCUGCAUCCCUAAUUCUUUGACAUGGGUGACAGGUGACAAAUUCUUGGAGACUUUUUUUACACUAUCAAGUAAAUAUUGUACUUGCAAGUUGAAAAAAUGGAAACAAAAUUGCAAAAAAAAAAAAAUAUUAGAUAUAUAUAUCAUUUAUUUUUAUUUUUUGCUUGUUUUGCUCUUCUGUCAACCAGGUUUUUUCAUUUCAGUUUUUUAUUAGAUUUUUGUUGCCUUUUGUGGCUUUAAGCUAUUCAGAGUGUGAUAUAAUGAGCUGUGGCUAGUUUUUUCCAGAAAAGGAAACCACUGCAUUAUUCUUUCUUUGUGUAUAUCGGUCAAUAUAACACCAUUGUAUUAUUCAUGACAGUAGAUAUGAAAACCAGUUGAGUGCAUUGUUUAAUAUCUGAGGUAGUGUUGGGCUCCCAAUUAAAUUUGGUUAAAUGCCUCAGGGAUCUAAAAAAAAAAAGCGAAAUUCAUCUUUUUUUUUUAGUUGUCAAUGGGAUGGUAAUAGUUCCUCAUAUGGUACAUAAGCACACUGUUCAGAAUAUAGAUUAUUAUUUGGAUAGAAAGUGAAUUUUAUAUGCUUCCCUCAGACCAGCUACCUAAUCAUUUGAGGUGUGUAGUUUGUAUGCUGAUUGCCCAGAAUAGCUGUUCGUAUGGUUGUGUGAAAAUAAGAUGAUUUUAUUGUUAACAAGGCAUAAUGUUUCAUAUAUUCAUUUUAUUAUGCAGCUUUGAACAGAAAGGGAACUUGGUUGCAGGAAACUUGCGAUGGAAUUAUAGAAAACUACUGAAAGUUAUCCAAAGGUCGAUGAUUAUUAUGUUUAAAAGGUAAUCAGUCAAGAACAUUAAACUAUAUAAUAUUUUAAAUGAAUAAGGAAGGAAAAUGUUGCACUGAUUUUUUUUUUUUUUUAGUCUUUCUAAUUUCUGAAAAUCUUUAUUCACCUUCAAGGGAAAAUAUUUUGGGGCCAUAUUUAAUAUUUAGUAAAUAUUUUUCAUUGAUAAUUACAUAAGAUGUCUACCAGUGCUUGAUUCUUUUGUUUCAGUUGUGCUCAGAGUAUGGAGAAGUGUGGGGCUCCAAGUCUGUUGUUUAUAUAUGUGGUGAUGUAUAUUUAUAUCAGAGCAAUUGUAUAUACGAAUGAUUAGUUAUUUCAUAAUGAUAAAUAAACUUAGAAGCUAAAUA